ACUUCUCGGUGCCCUUCACUUCUUGUGCAGUCGUUAGAAUUACUCUCUGAUACAUCUUGCUUGCCCACCUUCGCGCAAUAAAUUUUGUCCUUGCAUACCACUCAUCAUGACUAAGAUUGGUGUCGGUUUCAUCGGCCUCUCUGCAGGAGGUGGUUGGGCCUCAGCAGCGCAUCUACCAUACCUCAAGUCGACCGACAAAUUCGAGAUCGUCGCCCUCACCAACUCUUCCAAGAAGAGCGCUCAAGAAUCCAUGUCAAAGCACCACAUUGAGAACGCCGAAGCCUACGACUCCGUGGAAGAAAUGGUCAAGAACUCCCGCGUCAACCUCGUAGUUUGCGCCGUUGCCUUCUUCUCCCACUAUCAAUUGGUCAAGCCCGCCCUGGAAGCUGGAAAAGACGUCUAUGUCGAAUGGCAAUUGGGAGCUACCACGAAGGAAGCCGAGGAAUUGACAAACUUGGCGAAAGAGAAGGGAGUCAGGACAUUCGUUGGUCUUCAAGGGCGAGCUUCCCAUCUCAUCAGUACAUUGCAGACUCUCCUCAGCGAAGGCGGGAUCGGCAGGCUGCUCGUAUCGCAGAUGUCUGGAAGCGCUUGCACGCCGGAGACAGGCACGAAGUUGCCGCCACGAUACUCUUACUUCAAAGACCGCGAGGCGGAAGGGACGACUGGGCAAGUCAUGCUGAACAUUUACAUCGGCCACACUGUUGAUUACAUGGCUGCGGUGAUCGGCGAACCGGCUACCGUAUCAGCGGAACUGAAAACGACAUGGCCGACCAUCGAUCUCGUGGACGACGAUAAAGUCCUCGAAACAGGCAUCACGAAGACUGCAGAUGACUAUGUUUCCCUUCACGGUAUCACUGCAAAUGGCACAACAUACACCUACAACAUGCGUGGUGGUGACGCCUUCGCCCCAGAUGAAGGAUUUGCCUGGGACAUCAUCGGCGACAAGGGACAAAUCCGUGUCACUGGUUCGACCAUUAUGGCAAAUUUGGGAGCCGAGGAUUACAAGAUCAGAAUCAAGGUUCACACGACUAGGAAAAUCAGCGAUGUUGAGUUGGAUGCUUGUCUUGAUUUGCCUCUGGCUGCACAGAAUGUUGGAAAGUUGUAUGAGAGUUAUGCGGCUGGUGAUUCGCUGUGUACAUUUGAGGAUGCUAUUCAGAGACACAAAUUUUUGGACGGAGUCUUCCAAGCUGCGGACAAGGGUAAAGUUGUCGAGAUAUAGAUUUGUAAACAAAUCACCCACCGAAUAUCUUUAGUCAAUGAAAACGAACAGAGAGCAACGAA